UAUCGUGUUGUUAAUUUGUUGUUCGACGAUUUUUUUGUGGACACUACAGUUGUACAAUCAAAUGCCGUUUCACGUAUCGCGUAUUUUGUCAUGUCACAGAUUCUAAUGAAUCUCUAACGGUCCGUUUGUAUCGGUCGUAUUUCUCAUAUUCAUAUAAAAAUUACAUUAGCUAUCUAUAACUAUGAACCCGAAUCAAUACUACCCUGACAACUCGUACUUCGUGUCGGAUGACAAUCUCAACUUCCAUGCCGGUUCGUAUUCCAACUACGAUCAGAGUUUCGACAGCUAUUCACAACCGGCCCAGUUAAACCAACCGGCUGGCGCGUCGUGGCAGCCUGCACCUGCAACGAAUUUCACCGGCGAAGAAGACGAACCACCUUUGCUCGAAGAGCUCGGCAUCGACCUCAACAAGAUCCUAAUUCGCUUGAUGCAUUCGCUAGACCCGACCGGAAAGUGUGGUGUCGUUCUCGGUGAUUAUGAUGUGAUCGGUCCAAUCGCGUUGUACCUUACAUACACGUCAUUGCUGCUGUUGGCUGGCGGCAAGCUAAUGUUUAGCUACAUAUACGGCUUGGCCGUGUUAACGUCUGUGUGUAUGUAUGGUUUACUCUGGGCCAUGACUGAUUCGUCAGAAGUUACACUGACGUCCACAUUUUCUGUACUGGGCUACUCUUUUACACCCGUUGUACUGGUAGCGUUGCUUGCCGUGUUUGUUAACCUCAAGAAUAUAUUUGGUGCUAUCAUUGUGUUAGCGGCUGUGGUCUGGAGCAGUAUGAAUGCGGCCAGGGUAUUUGUUGCCAUGUUCGGCAACUCUGAUCAGAAGUAUCUAAUGGCAUAUCCGUGUGCAAUCAUCUGUGGCUUAUAUACACUGUUUAUUUUGUAUUGAACUUAUUAAUAUUCAUUAAUUUAAAUGUUACUUGUAAUUAUUACACCUAAAUUUUUUUCUUUUAAUAUAUUUAUAUACAAUAAUA